CAGACUUCCCACCCCUCUUCUAUCUACACCUCUCCAACUCACCUCCCCUCCAGUCCUUAACAACUUCAUCAGUUGCCAGUUGGAACCAAAUCGAGUCAAUUCACACAAAUAAACAAAUAAACAAAUAAAAAAGAACCCAAGCCAAGUUUAAGAAAAUAAUUACUCACAAACGUAACAUAACUUUGUCAAAAUGGCUCUCCCACCAAAAUUCGCUGGUCAAAAAUUCGCUGCUACGGCUGUACCCGCGCUUCAUACUUUGGAAUUGUAUUUGGAUUAUGUUUGUCCUGUGUGUAUAUUUCCUUGCUGUCUUUUAUUUUCUUGUCGGUUUUGGGCUGUGUGGUUAGUGGCUGGGUGAUGGAUGGGCUUGUGAUAUUGAUGUGGAUGUGGAUGGAUUUGUCUGCUGCACUUUUUAACUUUUUACUUUUUUUUUCUCUUGGUCGCGGCUAGCACUUGUUCUUUAUGCGGUUUGUUUCUGCUCAUUGUGUUUUGCGUUUUCUUGAUGUGUCGUGGAUUCAUUUGGUGGUAUUGUAAUGUGCUCUGCUGGUUUACGAGGAAGCCGAUUUACUCAGUGGUAAAUAGCUUGAUCGUGAUCAUGGGAAAGUGAAGACUAGAGAACAUUUGGCUUGAGGGAUAUCUUAUGGCCUAGGAGAUUAAUAUUUCUUGUUUCCUCUUAUAAUAAAUCUCUCUCUUUCCCUUCAAUUUCUACUCUGCUACUUCCGGCCCUCAUCCCACUCACAUUAUACCGAAACUCAAUAUACAGAAUAACCACUAAACUGACCCCUUUAUUCAUAGUUCUCGGCAAAAAUGUUCAAUACAAUCUACACAUCCGUAAUCCCUCUUAUCAAACAAAAAUACUCAUCCAAAGUUCAAAUUAUCUUCCGUCAACAAAUUCAACCCUGGCAUCCAAGUAGUACAUUAGUCCACGAAGCUGGCGUCGCUGGUAAGACCAUAUCCUCACUUUCCCAUAGCUAAUAACUAACCCCCUUCGUCAGUACUCGCCCUCUCCCCUCAAAACUUCUAUACUUUCUCCGCGUCCCUCUUCAAACAACAAAAUGAUUUCUUCGAUGUAAAUGUUGUGAAUGAAACACGCAAUGCAACAUAUAAACGUCUAGCAAAGAUAGGAGGAGAAGUAGGGAUUGAUGAGGAAAAAAUGUAUGGUCUUUUGAAGAUUAGUGAUAAGCCAGGCAAGGAUGGAGCACUUAACUCGGGAAAUGGCGUUACGGAUCAAUUGAAGGUCUUGGUGAAGAUGAAUAGGUUGGUGGGUAUUCAUGUUACGCCAACGGUUGUUGUGAGUAAUUUUUUCUCUCCCUGCUUGUGAUUUGGGUGUGCUUGGGAGGAGCCCGGAAGGAAGGGAAGGAAGGGACGGAAGAGUGGUAUAGUGAAGAAGUACUAAUUCAGAUUAUUACAGUUCAAUGGUGUCGUGGAAAAUUCAAUCAGUAGUUCAUUCACUGCUGAGCAAUGGGAAGAAUGGUUGGACAAAAAUGUUGCAUGAGAAUGGGGCAUGAUCAUGAAUACUCUUUGCUUCGGGAAGUAGAGUAAGUCUGUAGCCACGGCCUUGGAAGCGGAAAAAUGAAAGUGGAACUGGAACUGGAACUGGAACUUGCGGGUAGGAAAAAUAGUAAGAUUACCUGAUAAGACUUAUUUCAAAAUUCUAAGCGUGCAUUUGAGGGAUACUUUCUCCCUUGU